GCCAGCCCUGGACGUACCACCACCGAACUUCUGUCUCCUCGACUGGAGGGGCUGAACAGCACAGAGGGCAGGACUGGGCAGGCACGACCCAAUUCAAAACAUCGUCCACCUGAGCUGCUCCAAGACAGACACACGCACACGUACGCACAGACGGCACAACUGGGCUGCUGUGCCCGCUGCUCCCCUCACUAGCCAACACAAUCAGGAAAAGGCACUAUGUUGGCCACACUCAAAGCUGCCUUCCUCUUCCUGCACAUCUUUCUCCAGUCUUGGCCGCUCUUUGGAGCCCAGGCUACACCUCAAGUCUUCGAUCUCCUUUCAUCUUCAAACCAAAAGCUGGUUACGAGUUUUCUGAAACCAAUCCUAAUGGAUCCCACCCUGAAUGAGGUCUACGUGAUUUCAACCUUCAAGCUGCAGACAAAAAGUUCUGCCACCAUAUUUGGCCUUUACUCUUCAUCAGAUAACAGCAAGUAUUUUGAAUUUACAGUGAUGGGACGUUUAAACAAAGCCAUCCUCCGUUACCUGAAGGCUGAUGGGAAGAUAAACCUGGUAGUCUUCAACAACAUCCAGCUGGCUGAUGGCAAACGCCACAGGAUCCUCCUUCGCCUGAGCAAUUUCCAGCGAGGGUCCAGUUCUGUGGAGCUCUACCUGGACUGUAACCAGGUGGACACCAUCCAGGAUCUCCCCAGGGCGUUCUCUGGGCUCUCUCACAGCUCUGAACCUGUUGAACUGAGGACAUUCCAGAGGAAAGCACAGGAUACCUUGGAAGAACUAAAGCUGGUUGUGAGAGGUUCAUUGUUCCAGGUCGCCAGCCUCCAAGACUGCUUCCUACAGCAAAGUGACCCUGUGACUUCAACAAGCACAGGAGAUAUAAAUUGGCAGCUCUUGGGUCAGAUGACACAACUCAACAAAAUACUGGGAGAAGUGAAAGACCUCCUGAGACAGCAGGUCAAAGAAACCUCUUUUUUGCGAAACACAAUCGCUGAGUGUCAAGCAUGUGACUGGCAACUCCAUGAGGACAGGAACAAUAUCUUCUUUAAUCUUUGUUUCUUUGUUUCACACCUUGCCAAAGACCUUAUGGUCUUUUCUGAAGGUCUGACGAUGUUUAAUCAAUGCACUUACCACCCCUGCUUCCGUGGAGUACGUUGUGUGAAUUUGACUCCAGGUUUCAGAUGUGAUUCCUGCCCAGUUGGCUUCACAGGACCAAUGGUGCAAGGGGUGGGAGUCACCUUCGCCAAGACACAUAAACAGAUAUGCUCUGAUAUUGAUGAGUGCAGAAAUGGAGCCUGUGUCCCCAAUUCUGUUUGUAUUAACACUGUGGGAUCUUAUCAGUGUGGCCCAUGUAAGUCUGGAUUCACUGGAGAUCAGAUCAGGGGAUGCAAAACUGACCGAAACUGCAGAAACCCAGAACUUAACCCGUGCAGUGUGAAUGCCCAGUGCAUUGAGGAGAGACAAGGAGACGUGACCUGUGUGUGUGGCGUUGGUUGGGCUGGUGAUGGAUUCAUCUGUGGAAAGGAUGUUGACAUUGAUAGUUACCCUGAUGAGGAACUGCCAUGCUCUGGAAGGAAUUGCAAGAAGGAUAACUGUAAAUAUGUGCCAAACUCCGGCCAAGAAGAUGCAGACAGAGACGGUAUCGGAGAUGCUUGUGAUGAGGAUGCUGAUGGGGACGGAAUCAACAAUGAACAGGAUAACUGUGUCCUGACUCACAAUGUUGACCAGAGAAACAGUGACCAAGAUAUCUUUGGAGAUGCUUGUGAUAACUGCCGUACUGUCUUAAAUAAUGACCAGAAAGACACUGAUGGAGAUGGAAAAGGAGAUGCCUGUGAUGAUGACAUGGAUGGAGAUGGAAUUAAGAACAUCCUGGACAACUGUCAAAAAGUUCCCAACCGGGACCAAAGGGACAGAGAUAAUGACGGCGUCGGGGAUGCCUGUGACAGCUGUCCUGAUGUCAGCAACCCUAACCAGUCUGAUGUGGAUAAUGACCUGGUUGGAGACUCCUGUGACACCAAUCAGGACAGUGAUGGAGACGGACAUCAGGACAGCACUGACAACUGCCCAACCGUCAUUAACAGCUCCCAGCUAGACACAGAUAAAGACGGGCUGGGAGACGAAUGUGAUGAUGAUGAUGACAAUGAUGGGAUCCCAGACCUCGUCCCGCCGGGCCCUGACAACUGCAGACUUGUGCCCAACCCAUCCCAGGAAGAUAUCAACAGUGACGGUGUGGGGGAUAUCUGUGAAACAGACUUUGACCAAGACCAGGUCAUUGACCGCAUCGAUGUUUGCCCUGAGAAUGCCGAGGUCACCCUGACCGAUUUCAGAGCCUACCAGACCGUUGUCCUGGACCCUGAAGGUGAUGCCCAGAUUGAUCCCAAUUGGGUGGUUCUGAACCAAGGCAUGGAAAUUGUGCAGACGAUGAACAGUGAUCCUGGCCUGGCAGUUGGGUACACAGCUUUCAAUGGUGUGGACUUUGAAGGCACCUUCCACGUGAAUACUCAGACGGAUGAUGACUACGCCGGCUUUAUCUUUGGUUACCAAGACAGUUCCAGUUUCUACGUGGUCAUGUGGAAGCAGACAGAACAGACCUAUUGGCAAGCCACACCAUUCCGGGCUGUGGCUGAACCAGGCAUUCAGCUUAAGGCUGUCAAGUCAAAGACAGGACCAGGCGAACACCUCAGGAACUCCCUGUGGCAUACUGGGGACACCAGUGAUCAGGUGAGGCUGUUGUGGAAGGACUCCAGAAACGUUGGCUGGAAAGACAAGGUGUCCUACCGCUGGUUCCUCCAACACCGACCCCAGGUUGGCUACAUCAGGGUCCGUUUCUAUGAGGGCUCCGAGCUGGUAGCUGACUCGGGAGUGACCAUCGACACCACCAUGCGUGGUGGGAGACUGGGAGUCUUCUGCUUCUCUCAAGAGAAUAUUAUCUGGUCCAACCUGAAAUAUCGCUGCAAUGAUACCAUUCCUGAGGACUUUCAGGAGUUCCAGACUCAGAAUUUUGAACGUAUAGAUAAAUGAAUAAGAAGAAACAACCCACAAUUGCCUUCCUAAAGACUAAAGCAAUAUAUUUUUAAACCUUACAUAUCUCAGUACCUGCCACAGCUUUUUCUCACCACUACAAAUAUGUCAAGACUUUUCUAAUGAAUGUGACAAUAAAAAGGAGAUGGUCAUUUCUAAA